GCACCUAUAAAUUGCAACGCGCUCCUCCUCCAUUGUCUCCCUCUGGUUCAAAACUUUCCCACACUUUUCUCUCUUUCCAUUUUCUGUUCGGUUCGAUCUUUUCGGCUAGUGUUAUACAAAUGUCUCUAAGCAUGACGCACCAGCUAGGGGCCCUAGCCGGAACACCGAUUACGAUUGAGAACGGCACCAUACCCGGAGAGUCAACGCAGACGUUAAGUUUAGCGUCGGUGUGGAAGUCUCCGAUGUCGAAUCUCAGGUGCAGGGCCCAAAACACUGACAUCUUCGACGCGUUAUCUCCGCCAGUGAGCCCUUGCCGGUCACCAAUUCUAGGGGCUACCCGGCCGGAUCUGUCGGUGGCCUGCCGUGCGUUCGCGACGGAGCUGGAAGCACCAGCGAUGGAGGCUCCGGCGAGGGUGUACAGGGAGGGGGGUGUGCAGGACAAGGGGAAAGGGGUGCCGGUUUACGUGAUGAUGCCUCUGGAUAGCGUGACGAUGAACAACACGGUGAACCGGAGGAAGGCAAUGAACGCAAGCUUGCAGGCUCUGAAGAGCGCUGGGGUUGAGGGAGUGAUGAUGGAUGUGUGGUGGGGUUUGGUGGAGAGGGACGCGCCCGGUGCAUACAAUUGGGGCGGCUACACCGAGCUCCUCGAGAUGGCCAAGAAGCACGGCCUCAAGGUCCAGGCAGUCAUGUCGUUCCACCAAUGUGGCGGAAACGUCGGUGACUCCGUCAGCAUCCCUCUGCCCAACUGGGCUGUGGAAGAGAUUGACAGAGAUCCAGAUCUUGCAUACACCGAUCAAUGGGGGAGGAGGAAUUAUGAGUAUGUUUCACUAGGCUGCGACAACCUGCCUGUCCUUAAGGGUCGGGCGCCUGUACAGUGUUAUGGGGACUUCAUGCGUGCCUUCAGGGACAAUUUCAAGCACUUGCUCGGGGACACCAUCGUGGAAAUCCAAGUUGGAAUGGGUCCUGCAGGGGAGCUCCGAUAUCCUUCGUAUCCAGAGCAGAAUGGGACAUGGAUUCCAGGAAUAGGUGCUUUCCAGUGUUAUGACAAGUAUAUGCUGAGCGGCUUGAAGGCUGCUGCUGAAGCUGCUGGUAAGCCAGAAUGGGGUAGCACAGGCCCCACCGAUGCUGGCCACUACAACAAUUGGCCGGAAAAUACCACAUUUUUCAGAAAAGAAGGUGGAGGUUGGAAUGGCCCUUAUGGUGAAUUCUUCCUGAGCUGGUACUCCCAGAUGCUCCUUGACCACGGCGAGAGAAUACUUACAUCAGCCAAGUCUAUCUUUGAGAAUACAGGUGUAAAGAUUUCUGUCAAGGUUGCAGGCAUCCACUGGCACUAUGGAACUCGGUCCCAUGCCCCUGAGCUCACUGCCGGAUACUAUAACACUCGAUUCCGAGAUGGUUACCUUCUUGCCCAGAUGUUGGCGCGUCAUGAUGCUGUAUUCAAUUUUACUUGCAUUGAGAUGCGUGAUCAUGAGCAGCCGCAGGAUGCCCUUUGUGCACCUGAGAAACUUGUUAGACAAGUGGCUUUGGCUACACAGAAAGCACAGGUCCCGCUUGCUGGGGAAAAUGCAUUGCCUCGCUACGAUGAAGAUGCACAUGAGCAGAUCCUACAAGCAUCCUCCUUGAAUAUAGACAGCGAUUCAAAUGAGACAGAGAUGUGUGCAUUCACAUACCUGAGAUUGAAUCCGCAGUUGUUUCAGGCGGAUAACUGGAGGCGGUUUGUGGCAUUUGUGAAGAAGAUGAAGGAAGGAAAGGAUGAUCACAGGUGCUGGGAACAGGUGGAGCGGGAAGCCGAGCAUUUUGUGCAUGUUACCCAGCCUUUGGUGCAGGAAGCUACUGUUGCUCUUAUGCACUAAGAAUUUUAUAUCAAAGCCAAGGGGACAGAACAAGUUCAUAUAUUAUAUAUAGAUUGGCAAAUAAUGGUGUCUUCUUGUUCGUCUUCUAUAGCUCUUCUUUUUAUAUACAGUGGCUAUGGAGUUGUAUGAUGUUGUAUUACAAGAUGGGGGUUAUAGGGUUCA